AUGGAGAAUCAAUCGCUCCCCGUCUGCGACGAGAAACAUCGGACGGUUGAGCCGUCCCUCAGAAACAACGCGGCUGGUCCGAGCAAGAUACCCAGGAAGAAGAAGAAAGUAAGAUGGGCGGAUGAAUCACAGUCCCAGAGGCCGGCAAUCAUCGCGGUCAUCAUCCUCAACGCGCUGUUCCUUGUCUUGGGAUUACUGGGGCGAUGGGGUCUGUGGGCGAAGAAUGACGAGCCAGUCCGGAGUCCAGUUGAACUUGAAGUUCGAGCCGCAGUCCACAGGCCACUGAGGCGGCACCCCAUUCAUAAUUUGCGGCACGUCAGGAGGGACGUCCCAGGAGGCAACAACAGCGCGAUGCAGACUCUCCAAGUCGAUGUCCCCCUCUUAGGGCUCAACGGGAAGGUCAUCGGUGGCGGCACCGCUGAUGGGUUCAAUGACAUACCGACGAUCCUGCCUGGCCUUGGAGAACAGGACUGUCAGGUUACGUUGGCAGUCAACACUUUCAGUAACUCUUUCGGCAGUCCCUUCGUGGGAAACUAUACGCCACCUGCUUGUCUGGCCGAUAGCAACACCGCUAUUAUGAACUUGACGGUGCAGUCACAAGGGAGGCAAUUUGAUCGUCUGGCCAUCGUGUAUUUUGGAGACACAGAAGUUUUCCGGACCUCUACUGAGGAGCCAAAUCGUCGGGGUAUAUCCUAUACAUACGUGAAAGAUAUGUCACAAUACAUGGCUCUGUGGAAGCAGCCACAAAAAGUCAUUUUCAAUCUGCCGAACAGCCUUACUGACGUAUUGACUGGAGUCUAUAACACAACCUUGACUGCCAGCUUCUUCAGUGCGCCUCAAGGUGUGACACCAGCAGACACGGUUAUACCUAUUUCCUCGCGCCAGGCGAACAACGACUCACAGCCAAGUGUCUUUACAAUCCCAGAUCAAGUUGCCUCCAAUGUGAUCACUGACUUCCCUCGAAACGCCGUCAAGGCUAUCUUUUCAGUCUCAGCUACGGGUCAGGGCAACGAGGAGUUUUGGUGGAGCAAUGUUCUUGAGUCCAACACACUGACUUACAAUGCCUCGGGUGGCCAGCUUCCUGGUAACUCACCAUUCCGAGAAGUACAAGUUCUGCUUGACGGGAAACUGGCAGGUGUUCAAUGGCCGUUCCCCGUCAUCUUUACCGGUGGCGUAUCGCCGGCUUUCUGGCAACCUGUCGUUGGCAUUGACGCCUUCGAUCUUAAAGAGGGCGAGAUCGACAUGUCGCCGUGGCUUCCGGUUCUCUGUGACGGUCAGCCGCACAAUUUGACUGUUAAUGUUGUUGGCCUCAGUGACGACGGGAAAACCGCCUCGCUAUCUCCAAAUGUCACCUCUAAUUGGCAAGUGACCGGCAAAAUGUUUGUGUGGCUGGAUUCCAAGGCGGACUCCAUCACUACCGGGUCAUCACCCACUGUGGACGGUUUGGAUCCAUCAAUUGCAAUCAGCCAGUCCGUAACACAAAACGCGACAGGCUUCAACGAUACGCUCAAGUAUACCACGUCUGUGUCCCGGAAUUUCAGUGUUUCGGGUUCCAUUACAACUUCGACUGGUAACACCACGGUUUUGUGGACUCAAUCACUCUCACACACCGACGACGCAGUGCUCAGCAACAGUGGGCAGAAUCAGGUCAACGUGAUCACCACCACCGGGACCGAUACCUCCAAACACGGGGAGGACGACGCAGCGGGCUUCACCAAUCGCUACUCCUUCCCGCUGAACUCAAAUGUAACGUCACAGACCUUGCAAAACGGCACCACUCGCCUCGACGCAACGCUUGAGCGCACCAAGAGCAUGGACCGGACCAGCCCCGGUGGCGCCGUCUCUCCCAGCGGCCUGCAGCUCUACUCCGUGCUGCCGCCCACAGCCGAUCAGGUCCCCGGCCUGGCCGGGACGACGUUCACGACGACGCAAAAGGGCGCCGCGACGGUGUUUACCGCGCCGAGCGGGCAGAACGGCAGUACACAGUCUGGCACGCAGGCCCAGACGAUGCGGUUUGGCGGCGUGAGCAGUGACAAUCCGGACAUGGAGCUCUACUUUCGGGACGUGAGUGUCAAGAGUGACGGCACGGUGCUUGGUGACACGGAGCGGCUGGCUGGCGAGGAUGUGGUCAAGAGGAGGCCUGCGGCGACUACAAGCGGUAGAGCUAGUGGGGCGGCGGCUGUGGCGGCGCUUCAGGAUUGGAUAUCCCAUGCUGGCAUUGGCCUGGUUGACAUUCCCUUGGUUAGAAGAGGAUUUCGAUAG